CUGACACUUUAGUCCUGUCCGAAUGAUUGAACCGGAAAGUGCCGAUAGUGGCGCAAAUUUUUCUGUUUUUGUUGCUCGAAUGGUUGGACAGUAAUGACGGUGUGCACAACAUGUAAAAUAACGGUUAUUAUAUACAGACAGACAUGUGAUUUGCAUGCAUAAAGGCAUUAGAAGAGAGCGAAUUGUGAAAUAUAUGAGUUAAUGGCGCAAAGUCAGUGGGGAAAACCACAUGAACUUACAAACAAAUAGACAGUUAUGUAGUUAUAUGCAUGCGUAUGUAUGUAUGUAUGUAUAUACACAUGCAAUUCGAAUAUUUGCGAAAUCCAUAGAUCUAAAACUCUAUCAGUCACACAGUGUGGCUGACAUUGAUUUUGUGGCUUUGUGGCCAACUAACUCGCAAUAGUCGCAACCGCAAACAGCAGACGACGAUGACAACGACAAUGUCUGUUGGCGGAAAUCGAAUCAUACACGACUUUGAAACUAAAGUAACAGGAUGUCAGCUUCAAGUGUAUGCUUGCCAAGUGUAAUGUGUGCGGUUCAGUGCUGAAGGACAUUAUCCUCUCGUACAUACAUAUGUAUAUGUGCAUGUAGAUGUGCGUAUGCGAGUUAUUAGUCGUGUGUGUUAACAUGUAGCGGCACUAUUAUGUGCAUAUUUAAUCUCUAGGAAAUUGUCAUAGUUUUGAUUGCAAUGGACACUCGAUCAGAAAUCGAUUGACAGCGGGAAAUUACAGCCGAACAUUCAAAUGCGCAUAUAUACAUACAUACAUAUAUACAGACAGACAAACAUUUCGUUGCGAGCGCAAUUAGAAUGGCAGUCAUUAGAGUAAAAAACGAUUAGUGGCAGGAAAAAAAUUAAAUAAAUAAGAAAAAAACAGAAAAAUACAAGAAAUAAGAAAAAAAUCGAAAAGGAAAAAAAAUUAAUAGAGAACAAACUUAGAAAGAAAAAAAAAUACCAAAAUACAAAAAAAAAUAAACAAAAUACAAUAUUAAUUUAGCUUAAAAACAACGCCCGUUAAUAUGGGCUGCUCAACUUCUGCGCCAGCCGUCAGCGAAGCAAACAGUAAAAGAACCUUGUCGGCUAACAAAGUAAGUGACAACGCCACGGAUUCGAAAUCGAAAAUGGGUGAUCAAGAAAAUAGUGGUGAAAAGGAUACAUAUCCCGCUUCGGAAGCCUAUAUAAUACCAUUAAGCGAUGAUGCCGAGACGAAAGUUUACACCGCAGGUGCCCCGGAAGCAGAAGACCUACUCGCUGCUACAGUGAAAAAACAACCACCAAAACGCAUACAAGAAUUGAUGGAACAAGCGGCCGAAAAUGAGACGGCCACGCUAAAUCUACAAGAUUUGGAGGAGAAACUCGAAAAAGCGGAGGAGAGGCGCAAGGAAUAUUUGCAACAAAAAAUUACAACAAUACAAAAGACAACACAAAUGCUGACACGCAGCGGCAGCAAGGAGCUUUUAGAUAAACUGGAGACAACACAAAUAUUUGAUGGCAAGGCAGCAGAGAAAGACAAUCCGGCCGACAAAGAGGCGGAGAAGAAGUAACUAUUUUAGGCUUAAAACUGACUUAUGUCACAAUCAUAUGCUUAUAUAUACGUUAUAAGUAAAUAAUUAUACACGAAGUAUGAAAUAAAUUUGGUUUUAAGAAAUAUGCGCCCAAAAUGCUGCUUCAAAAAUAUGUAAAAUAUUCGUUUUAAAAUAAUUUUGUGAUGUUUUUCAUAAUUGCGUUUUUAAAACUUACCUUUCAAGACUUAGUUAGACUUAGU